AUGCCUGCUAGCUCGAAGGAAGCCCCCUAUCCCCUCAACACAGUCGAGCCUCCGCUGCCAGCGAACAACAGUCAUCCCAGUCCUGUGUUUGAGAACGGAGAAGGGGGCUUCCAAACUCCCACUGCAGGCAAUUACGCACCACAAAACCGAGUUGUGAAUCAAUCGUCGCCGAAGCAACGUGACAACAAGUGUCCUUCCAGUGCCGAGAGCAUCAGCGUUUAUUAUCAGAACGUGCGCGGUUUGAGAACCAAAAUUGAUGACUUUUUCAUCGCGGCGUUGGAUUGCAAUUAUGACGUCAUCGUGUUGACUGAGACGUGGCUAGACGCGCGCCUGCUUUCUACACAAUUUUUCGGGGAUAAGUACACAGUUUUCAGAACUGAUCGUUGUCCUCUAAACAGCCAGAAAACCCGCGGCGGUGGUGUUCUGAUUGCUGUCUCUUCAAGGCUUACCUGCUUCCUCGACCCUGCUUUGAUCAGUUACUCUUUGGAACAAUUGUGGGUCAGAAUCAAAUGUGAGAACAAACAUAUUAGCAUUGGCGUUCUGUAUCUUCCGCCCGAUCGUCGAAACGAUCUGUCUUGCGUUCAUAACCAUCUAGAUUCCAUUCGAAACGUCAUGGCUGGUUUGAAACACAACGAUAUUUUUCUUCAGUUUGAUGACUACAAUCAACCACGAUUGUUGUGGGAAAUAUCAGAUGAUGGACUCCCAAAGCCUGCCUCAAAUUCAAUACUUUCUGCCUCUGCCAGCGCACUGAUCGAUGGUAUGUGUUUUAACGAACUAGCACAGCUUAACAUGGUGUCCAACCAAAAUGGGCGUUAUCUGGACCUAGUCUUUGCCAAUGAACCUGCUCUCGAUUGUUGUGCAGUACGAGAAUCUAUCGAUCCACUGGUAAAUCUUGACGCCGAUCACCCAGCGCUCUAUUUAUUACUGAUGCUGCCUACGCCAAUCGUUUAUGAUGAGUCCCCUGUUGCUCCCACAUACAAUUUCCGACGAUCCGACUUUGAAGCACUUCAGGUAGAGUUCGCCCAGAUUGACUGGUCACCGAUUGAGACUGCACAAAAUAUUGACGAGGGUGUUGAAUAUUUCUGUGACACUAUCAACAGAAUUUUUCAAACUCAUGUGCCUCUGAAACGACCUGUACCUAAACCUCCAUGGUCGAAUUGUCGUCUACGCAGUCUAAAGAGGCUGAGAGCAGCUGCCUUAAGACAAUAUUCCAAUCAUCGUAACGCCUACACGAAGCAACAUUUCACCCGCUGCAGCAAUGACUACCGACUGUACAAUCGAUUCUUGUACGGUAAAUAUGUUGUACGAAUGCAACGAGACCUACGACAAAAUCCGAAACGAUUCUGGUCGUUUGUUGACUCUAAGAGGAAGGAGAGUGGUCUUCCAUCAUCGAUGCACUUUGAAGAACGUUGGGCUCAGUCAUACGAGGAUAAAUGCGAAUUGUUUGCAUCUCAUUUCAUGCACGCGUUCAACAGCCAUGUUGCGACUAAUAGUCAAAUCGAAAAUGCCACCCGACAAACGCCAGAGAACGUUUUCGACUUUCGCUGCUUCCGGAUUAACGAGCAAGAUGUUGGAUCUGCAAUAAGAAAGCUGAAAUCAUCUGCAGCUGUUGGACCCGAUGUUUGGAUGUGGGUCAGUCUCGUAGAGCAGCAGAAGACAGCCAACUGUGGCGCUCUCUACGAUGGAGGUCGAAUAUAUGGCCUUGUCAGCUGCAUCGCAGGAGGCGUUGUGGUGGCGUGGCUUUCGAGUUUCUUGACAUAA